AAAGGGAAGGAAGAAAAGCGAAAAUGGGUCAUUUGAGUGUGAGGAGAAAGAUCCUGCUGCGGACCGCCAUCCUACAGGCGCAUCUCACGCGCCUCUGGCAACAAAUCCUCGCCCGCCGCGUCCACAAGGCGGUCAAGUACCGGCAGCUGCCUCGCUGCUCCUCCGCCGCCUCCUCCGCCGUCCCCUCCCCUUCUCCGCUCCCGCCCGAUGCCGACGUUGAUUACGGCUUCGCCGUCGGCACAUCGCAGCCGCCCUGCUUCGAUCUCGACAAGGACGCGUCCGAUUUGGUCUCCUUGAAAAUCAGCCUCCUCGGCGAUCAUCAAAUCGGCAAAACCAGCUUUCUGACGAAAUACGUGGGCAAGGAGAGAGCGAAGCUGUGGUCUUCAGGGACGGGGCUGAAUCAGGUGGACAAGACGAUCAAUGUGAAAGGGGCUCAGAUAUCCUUCAACAUUUGGGAAGUGGAAGGCACAGAUUUUUCCUCUCAGUACCAUAUCCAUGCUGCGUGUAAUGACUCUGUGGCCAUGUUCUUCAUGUUUGAUCUCACCAGUAGGUGCUCCCUCAAUAGUGUCCUGGGGUGGUACCAACAAGCCAGGAAAUGGAAUCAGGCUGCAAUUCCCGUUAUGAUCGGGACCAAGUUUGACGAUUUCGUGGAACUGCCUUUGGAUUUGCAAUGGACAAUUGCCAGUGAGGCAAGAGCAUAUGCAAAGGCACUGAAUGCAACACUGUUCUUCUCAAGUGCAACUUACAACAUCAAUGUGAAUAAGAUCUUCAAGUUCAUCACAGCAAAGCUCUUCAACUUGCCAUGGAAGGUGGAGAGAAACCUGACAAUUGGUGAACCCAUGAUUGAUUUCUAGUUUCAUUGUGUGUGCCUGUGUGUGUAUAUAUAAUUUACAAGUCAACCGGUUGCUGUAUCCAGCGACUCGGGUUGUUUUCGUUUUCAAUAGAUGCAUUCAUCUUUCUUUUGGUAGUCGGCAUUGUUUGUAAACAGCCAUAAGUUUCUUGUUC